UGGCGGCGCACACCUCCUCUGGUCCAGACAACGUGUGCUUAUUACCUGUCCCAGUAUCCUAGGAAUGUGCCCCGAAUGGGGAUGCCUCGCUUCAUGUAUGGAUUCUAGGUCCAUAGCAAAACACCAAACCUCAUAUUGAUUGGAUCAGGUUCACAACAGAAAGCCGAUCGACGAUGGCGGAAACAGUUUUCUCACUGCUUCCGGAUGACGUUAUUCUACACAUCUUCCUUUAUCUCCAAGACGAUCCCCGACACUGGGCUCGCCUCGCCUGUGUCUGCACCAAAUUUUCCUCCUUUAUUCGCAAUUUUUGCUGCAAAAUCAAGUGCUCUCAUACAAUCCCUUCCGUCGUCUCCGAUCUUCUCUUCGAUUCUUCUGUUCCGCCCGGUGGCUGGGCUUCUCUGCAAAAGCUCGCCGUCUGCUGUCCCGGCCUCCUUCACGCCGGCGUUCCCUUAGAGAGCUCCGAUUUCGGGCUGGAGCGUGAGUUCGGCCAGGAUGAGGGUUACCAGCGAUCGCCUUCCCCGCACGCAAUCACACCUUCCCAAGAAAUCUUCACCAAUCGAUCGAAUGGUUCUUCAGAUGUGGGUGCGUCUGGUUCUAAUUCUCACUGGUCUCUAUGUGAUUAUCUGUAUAAUGAUACCGUCUAUAAUGCUUCUGAAUCCAAAGAUGGUCCGGAACCCCAAUUAUUUGAAGAGGCUGGGAAAGGCGCUGUCAAGGUCGAUCGGGAAUUCUCUUCGUGUAAAAGAAGGAAGAUUUGCAUAUCCCUGAGGUCGCGGUCGCAUUUGGCUUCUGGAAUAUGGAACUUGAGCAGAGAGCAGGGGAACAAGCUGCUUGCUAGACAGUUUCGAGAUGAUUGUCUGUAUAUUUGUGAUUGGCCUGGCUGUCUGCACAGCGAGGAGAAGAGAAACUACAUGCUAUUCAGAGGAAUUUUCAAGAAUUUUAGGCGGACCAGGGUGUGGAGGACAAUCAACGAUGGGAAUCGGAAAAAGAUUGCUCUGUGUUGUGCCUUUUGCCAAUGCAAGGAGACUUGGGAUUUACAUUCUGCAUUCUGUUUAAGGCGAUUUUUCGGAUUCCAUGACGAUGGCGAACCAGUUGUUCGAGCUUAUGUUUGUGAAAAUGGCCACGUCUCUGGAGCAUGGACCGAUUUGCCGUUAUAUGCUUGAUGCCAAGUAUAAGUUUUAAAUUGGUGCUGUAGUUAGGUUGAAGGUUUCCUCUUGAAUUCCUGAUUAGUUGUCUAAUGAUAUGCUAGUUCAGUAUAGAUAAUAUGCUGUUUGGAUUAGUAAGUGAUUAGUAUGCGCAAAGCUUGUGCAAGCAUUAUGUUACAAUUCUUACAUUUAUUAUGCACUCAUUCUUUCUCUGUGCCUUUGCUCUCCGUUGUUUUAGUUCCCAUGCCCUGGUUCGUUUCUAAUGUAAAUCGUUUUGUGGGUUUGGCGGACUGAUUAGUGUUU